UAUCCAGCUGUGGCUGUCUGGAGCAAGCAACUCAUGUCUCUCCAUAUUUGCAACUUGCAGAUCAGCAAAGGAGAGCCUGGAAUCCAGGCUGCUUGCUGCUCAGCAGCAGAUAGCUCAGCUGGAGAUCUCCAGGAACCAUCUGGAGGCUCAGGUGCUCACAGUCACACAGGACAAAGUGGUGAUAGAAGGACAAGUGAAAUGCCUGCAAGGUGAACUGGAAGCAGAGAGAGCUCUCAGGAAGCAGGAACAGGAAGACACAGCUCAGGAACUCCUGCAGGCACAGCAGCAGCAUCACAAAAGCCUCAGGCCUCAGGGAACAGCUCAGCAAGUGGAAAUAAAGAAGCUCCUGGAAGACCUGGCAGGUGAACGUGAAAGGCACCGUGCAGAGAUGCAGGAGAUGCUGGAGCAAUGGGAAAAAGAGAAGGCAGAGAGAAAGAGGGAGCACAAGGAGGUGCUGUUGGAGAUGAGACAGAAAGUAGCUACCUUGCUGGCUCAACAAGAAGAAUUAAUGAGAUUUGAAAAUGCCAAGCGAGAGGUCCUGCUGGAAGAGCAGAAGGAGAAGAGUGCUUUAUCAGAGGCACUGCUCCAAACUCAGGGAGAGCUCAGCCGAGCCCGCCAGCAGGUCCAGCAGCUCAGGCAGGAGGUGCAAGAGCAGCAAGAGAAGGGGCAGCUAAGUAACAUCAAGGAAAAUCUGCAAGCUGAGCUGGAGGAAGCUCGCAGUGAAGUCCAGGCAGCAGAGAGGAGGCACAAGGAAGAGCUGCAAGGCCUCAAAGAGGAAAUUAAUCUCAUCCUUGCCCAUAGAAAGGCUCUACAAAAGCAGGUGGCAGAGUUGACAUCUCAGCUGGCAGCCUGCCGAGAGUGCCAGGAAAAGACUGUGCAGAGAGUGCAGCAAGAUGUGAGGGAGGCCCAGCAAGAGUCCAGGCAGAAGCUCUCGGAGGUUGAGCAUGUCCAGAAGCUGCUGGAGGAGGCAGAACAUCAGAAGAAGGAGCUGCAAGCACAUCUGCAGGACUUGGAGAGGGAAAGGAGUCGAUGGGAAGAAGUGGCACAGCAGAAUUCAGAAUUGCAGGCUUCCGUCAAUGCCCUAGAGAGGGAAAAAGCCAGGUAA